GUUUGCAAAUGGAUACAACUUGUUCCUCCCCGCCGCCAAAAGAAUUGGAGUGUGGUCAAUUGUCGGUUCCGGAUGGCACAGUAUCAACAGAAAUAAAGUUACCUCCAACACAGAUGCAACAUGAAGUUUCUUCAGAUAUUGAUUUAGGUAGAUUGUCCAGAAGAAAAGCUUCAUCAACUUUAGUAAAUGUUCACGAUGAACUCCAGCAUUAUACUGAAGAAAGAUCUAAAGGGACCCAAGACGAGGACACUAUGUCCUGGGAUUUUGAGCAGAGGCCUCCAAAACGUCUCAGAGGAAGGCCUCGAAAAUUACAGACGGUAGCAAAUUGUCCAGUAGUGUCAUUGUUGCCUUCAGAUGAUGGCAAUCUUCACGAACAUAAGCCAAAUAUAAACGAAAUGAAGAAGCAGGAUCAGUAUGGCGGCGGCGGCGGGAGCAGAGGUUUAGGGAGAUUUGGUCAAGGGAGAGGUAGGGGCAGACCUCCUACAUUAAGUAGAAAAGCUAAUCAAUGUGAUGAGCAAUGUGAUGAGCAGUUACAACAUGGACAAUCUACCCAUCGAAAUAGAGGGAGGGGUAGAGGUAGAGGUAGAGGUCGUCGUGGCAGGCCACCAAAACUGAAUGAAAAUCCAAUCCCAUAUGAAAAGCAAGACGAUCAACGUCAGCAUAAAGAACGGCAUGUUCGAGCUAGAGGCCGUGGAUGGCUUCCUAAACCAAAUCAACAUACAAAUGUAUGUGAGGACCAAUUGCAAUCUCAAGCUGAUAACCAAAGUCAUGAAUUAGCCUCAGAAGAGGCAAAGUCACCUGAUGAACUAAGGCAAGAAUCGGAACCAAAAUAUGGGUCGGGUGAGGUUUCCCGGUCAAAAGGGGAAGAAAAAGAUAACCCAUGGCGGUUAAUGCCAGUCCAACGUAAAGUUCAAGGUAUUGAUGGAUGCUGGCCACUUAGUCAAUCUCAGAAAUAGAGAGUAUUAUUACUGGAAGCAUGCAUGAGUACAGGGUCUCCUAAUUCACUCUACUUCCUCAAUGCUAAGGGAAGCAUAAAAAACCAGUUCUUUGGCUUUUGGAUGAACCUAUCUAUCUACAAACACGAUAAUUCCCCUAUUUGUUAUGGAGAACAAUAAAGCUGAUGAGGAGUCUUAUUGACAAAAAGAUAGGUACGUGUUUUGAUGGGCAGUCACAAGAUCGUGUGGUUGUAGGAGCAUGCUAAAUUUUGUUUUGUAUAAAUGAAUUUUGCCUUCUACUUGUAGACCCCUCCCUCAUACUAAAGUAUUCCAUCAAUAGUAAGAUGUGUUUUGAUUGAUGAUGUAUUCCAUUAAU